AUAUGUCUAUCUCAUUUUAAGUUCAAAAAUUUUUGAGGAUUUUAAACAAUGCGAACAGACCUAUCCUUACCAUGCUGCGACUCCAUGUGACUCGUAAGAUCCAAACAGAGACCUUGAAAAGAACUACAAGUUAUCUAUAUAUCUUUACAUUUUGAAGAAAUUUACGAAAAUGUUAAGUGCAGGAAGUAACUGGUUCAUGCAAGUCACAAGGCGUGCUAAAAAUUUGCACCUAGACAGCAAGACAUCCAUACCUUUGAAGCCUGAGCUUAAAACUUUACCAAUUUUUCAGUAUCCGAUAAGCCGAGAGAACGAUCGUAGAGUAUAUGUGUGGGGUCUUGCGGAGCAUGGUGCUCUUGGAGAACCACGAGCAUUGAAAAAGAACAGAAUCUCAUACCUUUCAAAACCAAAAAGACUGUCUUUUGCUGAGCAACAUAGGGUGACAGAUAUUGCUUGUGGUUAUGGUUUUACGGCUUAUGCUGUACAUUCUUCAGAUAAGAAUAUUGUCUAUGGGUCUGGCAUAAAUACAGAUUCACAACUUGGUUACAAUCUCGAUGAGAAGUUUCUCAAUAUGAUAUUUAUUCCAAAGCCAAUAACUUUACCAUUACAGAAUGCCUCGACUAAAAUUAUAGGCAUGGCUGCUGGAAGAGCGCAUUUAUUAAUAUUAACAACAGAAGGUUUGUUCACAUUAGGUAAUAAUGCAUAUGGUCAAUGUGGUAGACCAAUUAUAUUGAAUGAAAAUUACGAAAAAAGUACAGCUGUGCAUCGUAUACCUGACAUUAAAGGAAAUAAAAUUGUUGCAGUGACAGCUGGUCAAGAUCACAGUAUACUUUUGACAGAGACAGGUGAAGUGUAUACAUUUGGCUGGGGUGCUGAUGGACAAACAGGUCUUGCACACUAUCAAAAUGAACAUCGACCAAGUUUAGUCAAGGGUGACCUGGCAGGACAGCGUAUAAUCAAAGUUGCCUGUGCUGCUGAUUGUGUAUUAGCUCUUAGUGAUAAAGGGAAAGUGUAUGGCUGGGGUAAUUCAGAAUAUAGUCAAUUAUCAACCAGAGAAGAUAAUUAUCAAGUAAACAUUGCUACAGAAUUACAUACACAAGAAUUAGGAUAUAUAAUAGACAUAGCAGCAGGUGGAUGUUUUUGUAUGGUUUUAAACAAUGAUGGUAAUGUCUUUGUAUGGGGAUACGGUAUACUUGGUCUUGGACCUCAAGUGCAAAAAGUAUUAAAACCAACCAUGAUUCCUCCUACAUUGUUUGGCAAUAAUGUGUACAAUUAUAAUGUCAAGGUAACAAAUAUAUACUGUGGAAUCAAUCAACUGGCAGCGCUAACCAACAUAGGAGAUUUAUAUAUGUGGGGUUGUAAUAGAUUUGGGUCUUUGGGAUUAGGGCAUGUGAAGGAUCAAUUUUUUCCCUUAAAGGUUGCAGUAGGAGCUCAAGUGAGAAAGGUUGCCUGUGGAGUGGAUCAUACAGUGACUCUUUGUAAACCUUUUAUUUAAAGAAGCAACAUCAUUAUUUAAAUAUUAGUUUAUUUAUUUAAU